AAAAAAUCGUCAAGUUGUCUGUUGAAUUUUUUUGAAGUGUGAAAAGUUUGUCAAAAUUCUCGUAUAAAAAAAUGGGGACUCAGAAAGUUGUAAUCCCUAAAGGACUCGUAAAUGCAAAUGAAACUACAAUUAUUGAAAUCCCCGGUAAUUUGCAAAAUGUCCCAACUGUGGUGGCUCGACCUAAACCAAGUGGUGCAAUGAUAAGUGGCAAAAGAAGCUCUCCUGUGAGACGGGCGGCUUCGCCUUAUCAGGGUUUCAGACCUGGGGCUGCCUCAUCUCGGGGGAACUCUCCGGCGCGGACUCCCCCUUCGGUGCAAAAAUAUGCCUCAUCUUCAAUGGGCACUCCUGAAUCCUAUUAUAGUCGAUCUGUUUCGUCGGGAAGUCCCAGAGGGACGACAACGCAAAUUUCCGAGGAAGUGUCUUAUUAUUCGACAACUCCCGAAGACGCUUGUCCAUGUUCUGGCUCUUCCAGUGGUGGUUACCAACGUUUUGAUUCUUCCGACUCUGGCGCUUACAAACGAUUCGAUUCUGACUCUGGUGGGGCUCAAAUCACUCCAAAUGAUGUCAUGAAUUCAUUAUCACAAUUGGAAUCGGCUGAACUUAAUCGCAUUAUGGAAAAUCUCGAAAAGUUUCAGAAAGCUAGACGAGCCCUAGUGCAAGAAGCCUCGAAUCUUCCCACUGCUGGGGACUUGUCUACCAUGUUAUUAAAUCCUUAACCUUAGUAGUCUUUGUAAAUGUCAGUUUUGACAAAUUUUGAGUAAAAUUUUUGUGUAAAUUAUGGGCUUAUGUAGUGGGGAAAAAAAGAAGCGAGCUUUUAGGACUAUUAUAAUCCCUAGAGGCAUCAUUAAUCCUAACGAACACAACAUAAUUGAGAUACCGGUUAGCUUAGACACAAACAGCAAUUUAAUUGUUAAGGCACCUACUGAUGAUGGCACCUGCUUUUCGGUAGAGCCUUAUCGUGGGAAUUUCAAAGAUGUCACCAACGACAAAACACGAAUCGAAACCUUGCAAACGCAAAAUGCCUCCGCAAACUUGCAGUCGCAAAGUUUCCCUGGGACCCUCAAUAACACGACUUUGCGUCCACCAGUCUCGACACCUACUCUGGACGCUUUGAGAUUAAAAGUAGAUACCAGUUGUCAAACCCAAUUUCCCUCAAGUAGAAAUUACCAAUCAAGCUCACAGCAAACUUCAAAUUCAUGCGCUAUGCAAUCUUCAAUUCCAAAUGUCGAGGUCCAUUCUCCCAUUUGCCCUAUUUGUGCUAGAGCAUCUUGUUCGUUCAAUUUCUCGUCCGAAAGAAGCUUCAUGCAUCCGAGAUAUGGACAGUAUACAACUCCAGCAAAUUACUAUAUCCCUCCGCCCCCGAUUAAUAGAAGCUAUGUUCCUCCUUACACCGAUCGAUUUUCUACUAUGCCGUCAAGAUCACGGAACGAGGAUGCCGAGCUUAGCAAACUUCUCAAUGACAAAAUCGAUAAAAUUCUUAAACCUAUGCUUUUCUCACUUGCCAAAUCGACUCUCGAUGACGUCGAGCGAGAAAUUGAAGCAAAACCAUCGUGUAGUAUAGACAGUAGUUGCUCGUAUUCGUUCACGAAGCCCUGUUAUGAACCGCCCUACACUUCCAAAAGGAGUUUGAUACCUGAUGUUGAUAAUAGUUACGACACACAUAGAAGACGUGAGAGUGAUUCAAAUGGAAGAAAUAGAACGAGAACGUCAUUUUCAAAAAAUAACAAUAAAGAUUUUGAAAGUACUAGAAGAAGUAGUGUAGAUCGGGAUUACGACGACAAUUGGAAUUUGAAUAAAACUAAUUGUUCAAAUAAUGCCUCUUGUAAUAGGCGAACUAAUGUGAGUUUUGGGGAAGAAAGUGAUAAAGACGAGACGCAAGAUACUGAUGAUUUAUAUUUAACGGCUUCUUCACGUUAUGAUCGGUCUUCCACUUCUCUCAAUCGCAGAAAGUGAAAAGAUCCCUUGAUGCACUAGAUCCUCAAUUAAAAUAUUUUUUUUCACCACUUUGUGGAAUAAAAGAAUUUUUGUCGUU